AAAAUUGGACUUGUGGAAAUAAAGUUAUUGAUGAAUUUAUACAACAAUCACAACUUAAUGCUGUACAUUAUACUAAAUGUCUUGAAUGGAUACCUCUUAAAAAAUUUCAAAAUAUCACUUAUAUUGCAGAAGGUGGUUUUGGUAAGAUUUAUUCUGCUGAAUGGCCUGAAGGACAUAUUACAUAUUGGGAUAUUGAAAAUCAAAAAUGGACAUUUUGAUAAAUAUGUAUUAAAAAGUUUGAAUAAUUCUUCUAAUAUAUGUUCAGAUUUUUUA